ACAGCUGUGAGCUGUCCCGUGUCCGUGUCAACUUGAGUGUUGGCGUGUCUUUUCUCUCUAAUUGUCUCGUUUUUCUCUCGAAAUUAUUUUAACUAUCAAGUUUUGCGUAAUUUUUUGUAUUCAUCAUAAUUUGAUUUAUAAUUAACAAUGCCAGACAUCGAAAAACUAUCGAUUGAGGAGCUGUACACAUCUGAAAAAAAUGGGAGUGAUGAGACUGGAGAUGGUUCAAUGGAAAAACCAUUUAAAACUAUUUUGCAAGCUAUGCGGCAUGCAGGAAAAGAACCAUUUCCGACUAUAUAUGUUGACUCUAAAGAUGAUCUAAAAACAUAUGACACAGCUGCUAAAUCACAGUUAAAGAAGAUUCAAAAAAUCUGGCUGAGGGAGAGCUACAAAGCUGCGGACAAAGCUAAGGCAGAAGAAGUGAAAGAUGAAAAGAGAGUACAAAACUUGGAUGAGGCAAAAAAGAUAGUCUUGGAACAAGAUCCCACUUUACCCAAAGCCAAGACUAUAAAAAUAUUUGCAGCUGCUGAAAAUCGCGGCGAGAGAAUAUGCGUACGUGGUUGGGUACAUAGGUUGCGGCGUCAAGGCAAAGCUCUAGCCUUCCUAACAUUACGAGAUGGUACAGGCUAUCUCCAAUGUGUUCUGCACGGCGUACUCUGCCAAACAUACAAUGCUCUAGUUCUUUCUACAGAAUCUUCAGUGGUUUUGUAUGGAAAACUUGAAGUUGUGCCCGAAGGAAAAAUCGCACCAGGAGGUCAUGAGCUGACCGUAGAUUAUUGGGAACUUGUUGGAUUGGCCCCACCUGGUGGUGCUGACGCCAUUCUGAACGAGGACGCUCUUCCUGACGUCCAAUUAGAUAACAGGCACAUAAUGAUUCGUGGCGAGAACACAACGAAAGUUUUGAGGAUGCGUGCGGUUGUCACUCAAGCAUUCCGCGAUCAUUUCGCAUCUCGCCACUACACGGAAGUCCAACCGCCGACACUUGUCCAGACACAGUGCGAAGGUGGAUCAACUCUCUUCAAGUUUGACUACUUUGGAGAACAAGCAUACUUGACCCAGAGUUCUCAGUUGUACCUCGAGACAUGUCUGGCAGCGCUCGGAGAUGUCUACUGCAUCGCACAGUCCUACCGCGCCGAGCAGUCCCGAACAAGGAGACAUCUUGCAGAAUACAGCCACGUGGAAGGCGAAUUUGCUUUUAUCACAUUCGAGGAUUUGUUGGAAAGGAUCGAGGACAUGGUAGUGGAUGUAGUUGACAGAGUCUUAGCAUCUGCUGAAGGCCAGCUUGUGUAUGAACUGAACCCCAACUUUAAGCGACCACAGAAACCAUUUAAGCGCAUGACCUAUAUUGAGGCCAUUGAGUAUUUGCGAGAGAACAACAUCACUAAAGAUGACGGAACUUUCUAUGAAUUUGGAGACGAUAUUCCUGAAGGUCCCGAGCGUAAGAUGACGGACGCAAUCGGGGUGCCAAUUCUGCUGUGCAAGUUUCCUGCAGAGAUCAAGUCAUUUUACAUGCCGAGGUGUCCUGAGGACCGGCGCCUUACAGAGUCUGUGGAUGUACUGAUGCCGGGAGUCGGAGAAAUAGUGGGUGGAUCCAUGAGGAUAUGGGACCAUGAAGAACUUUUAGAAGGAUACAAACGUGAAGAAAUUGACCCAACUCCAUACUACUGGUAUACAGAUCAACGAAAAUUUGGUUCAGUGCCUCACGGCGGAUAUGGACUCGGCCUGGAAAGGUUCCUGUGCUGGCUCCUUGACAGAUACCAUAUCCGUGAAGUGUGUCUGUACCCGCGGUUCUUGGAGCGGUGUACUCCUUAAAUAAACAUUGUAAAGAUCUUUAUUUAUUAAAAUUUUAUUAAUACUUCAUUAUUGUUGAGCUAAAAUAUUUUUUUUUAUUAUUUGUAGCAAUUUCAAAUUGUUCUACUACAAAACAACAGCAUUUACAGCUGCAUUUGCUUCUUCUGGAUGCAUUUCUUAUCUUGACUAUUAUACACCACUAUGUUUCUUCUUAUCAGUUUGAGGUUGUCAAAUUAGUUGGUAUGACCUAUUUUAUGGUACAGAUAACAUUGCAUGUAUCUAAGUUGUACUAUUAAUAUUCAUAUAUUUUGUACCUUAGUUGUCUAAGCAAAUCGUUUUUAUUUUUGUCAUGUCAUGAGCAGUAGCUGCAAAACACCAAGAAAUAUAAUCUAGUGUGUAUGUCUGAUUUAAAUAAAAAAAUUCAUUAUUA